GGUUUGCGGUCACGGCACAGGUGGAUGAACACCAGCACCUCAGUCGGAUAUUUAUAAGUGAUGUUCUCCCUGAUGGCUUGGCCUACGGGGGAGGGCUGAGAAAGGGCAAUGAAAUCAUGACCUUAAAUGGAGAAUCCGUGUCUGAACUUGACUUGAAGCAGAUGGAGGCCCUGUUUUCUGAGAAGAGCGUCGGGCUUACCCUGAUCGCCCGACCUCUGGACACAAAAGCAACCCUGUGCACUUCCUGGUCGGAUGGUGACCUGUGCUCCAGGGACCAGAAGGCCCUGCUGCCCUCUUCCCACCAGUCCCAGCUGCUGGAGGAAUUCCUGGACAACUUCAAAAAGAACCCAGCCAAUGAUUUCAGCAAUGUCCCUGACAUCACAACUGGUUUGAAAAGGAGUCAGACGGAUGGCACUCUGGAUCAGGUGUCCCACAGGGAGAAGAUGGAGCAGACCUUCCGGAGCGCCGAGCAGCUCGCCGCGCCGUGCGGGGGACCCCGCGACGGCCCCGCCCGGAGCGCAGCCAUGGAGGCGCCCGGGGAGCGCGCCGACCCCGCGCCCCGGGCCCUGGCGCGACACCUGUCGGACGCCGACCGCCUGCGCAAGGUGAUCCAGGAGCUGGUGGACACCGAGAAGUCCUACGUGAAGGAUUUGAGCUGCCUCUUCGAGUUAUACUUGGAGCCGCUUCAGAAUGAGACUUUCCUUACCCAGGACGAGAUGGAGUCACUCUUCGGAAGCCUGCCUGAGAUGCUGGAGUUUCAGAAGGUCUUUCUGGAGACUCUGGAGGACGGCAUCUCAGCCUCCUCAGACUUCAAUGUUCUGGAAACACCCUCUCAGUUUAGAAAGUUGCUGUUUUCCCUGGGAGGCUCUUUCCUCUAUUAUGCUGACCACUUUAAACUGUACAGUGGCUUCUGUGCUAACCAUAUUAAAGUUCAGAAGGUUCUAGAGCGAGCUAAAACCGACAAGGCCUUCAAGGCUUUUCUGGAUGCCCGGAACCCCACCAAGCAGCACUCCUCCACGCUGGAGUCCUACCUCAUCAAGCCGGUGCAGCGGGUGCUCAAGUACCCGCUGCUGCUCAAGGAGCUCGUGUCCCUGACCGACCACGAGAGCGAGGAGCACUACCACCUGACAGAAGCACUCAAGGCAAUGGAGAAAGUAGCCAGCCACAUCAAUGAGAUGCAGAAGAUCUACGAGGAUUAUGGGACUGUGUUUGACCAGCUGGUCGCGGAGCAGAGCGGCACAGAGAAGGAGGUAACAGAACUUUCCAUGGGGGAACUUCUGAUGCACUCUACAGUUUCGUGGUUGAAUCCAUUUCUGUCUCUAGGAAAAGCCAGAAAGGACCUUGAACUCACAGUAUUUGUUUUUAAGAGAGCUGUCAUACUGGUCUAUAAAGAAAACUGCAAACUGAAAAAGAAAUUGCCCUCAAAUUCCCGACCUGCGCAUAGCUCUGCUGACUUGGACCCGUUUAAAUUCCGCUGGCUGAUCCCUAUAUCUGCUCUUCAAGUCAGACUGGGGAACACAGCAGGAACAGAAAAUAACUCCAUAUGGGAGCUGAUCCAUACAAAGUCAGAAAGAGAAGGCCGGCCAGAAACAAUCUUUCAACUGUGUUGCAGUGACAGUGAGAGCAAAACCAGCAUCGUGAAGGUGAUUCGGUCGAUUCUGAGGGAGAAUUUCAGGCGUCACAUCAAGUGUGAGUUACCGCUGGAGAAGACAUGUAAGGAUCGCCUGGUACCUCUGAAGAACAGAGUUCCCGUUUCAGCCAAACUAGCCUCGUCCAGGUCUUUGAAAGGCCUCAGGACGUCCUCCGGCAGUGAGUGGCCCAGUGAGCCCAGCAAGGGCCACUCGCUGGACUCCGACGAGGGCAGCCUGAGCAGCGGCACCCAGAGCAGCGGCUGCCCGGUGGCCGACAGCAGGCAAGACUGCAAGAGCCCGGCGCCCGAGAGGGAGCCCCACAGCCUGGCCGAGCUCCCCGAUGGGCUCAUCAAGGAGAGUGACAUUCUGAGCGACGAGGACGAGGACUCCCACCACUCUCUGAGAGAAGGCAGCCCCACCAAGGACAUCGAGAUCCAGUUCCAGAGACUGAGGAUCUCUGAGGAGGACGACACACAGCCGGCAGGGCCGCAGCCCGUCACCGGCGCGGGCGCGGGCCAGCAGGGAGGGGAGCAGCCCAAGCUGGUCCGGGCCCACUUCUGCCCCAUUAAACGGAAGGCAAACAGCACCAGGAGGGACAGAGGGCCGCUGCUGAAGGCACAGACGCGCCACCAGUCUCUUGACAGUCAACCUGAAAGCGCCAACAUGGAUCUAAAUCUGGUUUUAGAGAGAGAAUUCAGUGUCCAGAGUUUAACUUCGGUUGUGAACGAGGAGUGUUUUUAUGAAGCACAGAGCCAGGGCUCCUCAUAGUCCAGCACCUGAGGCGGCCGCGCGGCUCACUGACGUCCAAACUGGUGGCAAAGUGGAAAUUGCAGAAAAAUGACAUUAUUGGAUUUUGUGCAGUACACCUUUCCCCACAAAAUCACUGUAAAGAUUUAAGUUAUUUUAAUUUAUUGUGGAUCAGAAAACUAGAUUAAACUGGUCAGAUUCUGUAAAUUACUUAGCUUAUAUCCCUUUUGAGCAGGUAUCAAAAUGAUUUAGAAUCCUUAAAAUUUGCGUUAUAAUUAUUAUAAGUUAUGUGGCAAAGGUAAAGUUGGGAAAGUUGUGAUGAACUGCUUUUCAAGGGUCACUUUUUCCAAUCCUCUGGGCAUUUUCAUGGAGCUGUUCAGAUUUUGCUUUAUUUAAAGCAUAUUUAAGUUAUUUUAAUGUGGUUUAGGGGCACAAUGUGCAGAUAUCUCAUUGGAAGUUGUAACAGAUGCUGUUUAUACUAAACGUGUCAUACCUAUGCAGUAUAUAUUAAAAGAAAGCUUGUACCGUACCUUACUUGAUACUUAUUUUCUCUACCAAGCUGUAUAGUAAAAGGAACGUAAGUCAUCUGG